AGACUAGCAUCAGGCAACGUCACGUUGACAUCGGGGCUCCGUGAAGAGUAUUUGGACAGGCAGUCCUGGGCAAAGACAACUCGUUCAGGCUCGCAUCGAUCAAGCCUACCUGGAAACCUUGUCAGUAUCCGAUUCGAUUAAGUACUAACCAUGGGCAAAUCAAAUCGCCCUCUGCCAAAUGAGCAUGAUACAGUUGACCUCGCCAUAGUAGAGGCGAUGGCCGCGGACCCCCCGAGAAACCUGCGUCGUGAGAUGCGAAGUCUGCAAUCAUUUCCGUGGAGGACAUCUGCUGUGCAGAGCGCGUCAUCACUAGAAGACUGGCUUCAUCGGCAAAUAUACCGUGUGCAGUACCAUGGCAGCGAUAACUGGGCGAGACUCGGCUGUGAUCCAAGCGCGAUUGAUUUCCUCGUCAAAAGACUUGCAUGCAGCUUAGACGGCUGGGCGGUGCUCAGGAUCUUCCAGCAUAGCCUCUUGAAGUUCGUUUGGGGGCUUCUCGGACUUCCUGGGGCGUCACAGGGUGCCUCUAUAGGCGCACAUCUCAAUCCUGAUGAAUUAUCGAAGUUCAACAGAUGCUCGCGCGUAGUAUGGGAGCAUAUGCUGCUCGACGUUAUUGCCCUGGGCUAUGGUCGACACCCACUAGGCGUCAACAGUUCUUAUACCACGACGUUGACGGACAAGCAGCCGACUAUCACGGUCGCACCGAAUGUGGCCAAGUUACAUCCCUUCUUCACGAGGAAAAAGUAUUCGACAUUGCAAACGAUAUGGACAUCAUGUUUAAAUGACUGGAUCGAAGUCAUGGAUAGACUGACCUUUGACGCAUCGAGUGUCCAUCCGCCAGAGCCGAAGCCUGAAGGCAUCAAAAUGACUCCUUUUACCGGUCCAGACUCAGUGAGUUUACUCCGCAACCAGAUCGCUCUUCUUGGCGGUUGCGCGUGGCGCCAGAAGAUAGCUGGAUAUCCGGUGGUGCUGCACAAUCUUGCCCUCGCGGCGCACUACGUUCUACACCUAAUCGAACCCCACAGAGACCGACGGUGCACGGAACCGCAUGAUGGCACACUACUGGACUGCUCUGCAGAGCCGUUAUCGAAAACUUCAGAACGAUGCAAACAUAGUGUCUGUUCCAAGCGACAUAGUGCCCACAUUUACAGCCGAACAGGUCCCCAAACCACUGAUCAUGUCCUUAUGUAUCUCUCCCAUCGUCCUUCUUUCCGAAAAGGAUGCUUCUUAUCAGAAUCAGUCCUCCAAUAUGGAUCUGUUGCAGUUGGCUCAGCACCUCGGGAAUGCUCCUCGCCCUCAAGUAAUACAGGAUCUCGAGCAUAGGAUCUGGAUGGCAGUCUUCGCUAUAGCCUGCGGAAGUGAGCCCGAAGACGAAUUGUCGAGUUUGAUCAAGGAUUGGAAUACAUUGCCUUGCUUGGGACCUAGAGCGCGAGGCCUCCGAGAUGAUUUGGCGGUUGGCGGCUGGUUUAAGAGCAUCGCUGAAGGAACGCUACGCAUGGUAGAGCUGAUGAAAGGCGCUCCCGCUGCAAGUACCAGUAACAAUGUCGCGGGGCCGGUGGAUGCUAUCGUACCCGCACCGGCGACACGUCCUUCGGUGACGAGUGAACUGUCAACCUCCGGAACUGGAGGACAUGUCCCCGUCUCGGUUGUGAGCCUGGACACUUCGACAAUGUUGCCCUCGUCCGACCUGCCACGUUCUUCCCUAUCGGCGGACGUAGAGAUGGAAGAUGUCCAGCCGGCUCCUCGGCAUGAAACUUCGGUAAUUCCGACCAAACAAGACAAAAGCUCGUCGCUGCCCGUUGAACAGCCUAGUCAAGGUGGCGCUCAGUCCGAAGUGCUGUCGCAAGCAGUUCUACAAGCAUAUCCCGCUCUAGAUCCCGUUGAUACCUCCCCCAGCCACAGCCUCGCUCUCCUUCACCCCAAAUCGUCACGUCCCCCAUUGUCAACUUUCAUCGAGAUCUUCAACAUACUCAAAGACACCGGUACUCCGACAGCUCCAAGCUCGUCUGCGAACCAGGACUCAAGCGUCACUACUCGGCAUAAAGUCUACGGUUGCCUCGACCAAACUACUUCCGAAGAUCUCCCUAAGAUAUGGAGCAGAAUCAAGGAGCUUCACAACGAGGAUUGGAUCUUCCUCUCGGACCAUGACCUUUCCAGGCUCGUUCUGGACCGAUUGCCGUUGUUCAAGGAAGUUCGGAAAGAAGGACAAAGUCGUCUUGAGCAGUAUUAUCAGAGCAAGAUCGACGAUCCGGCGCGGACGCAGGGACAGAGGGAGGACAUAGAGUCUAUCCAUGCGCAGCUUCAGCAAAGGGGAGUCAUGUUGACUACAAAGGAGCACAUGCAGAACCUCGCCGAUGCGGUUACCUUUGAUCGCGAUAGGCUGGCUAGGUUAGAAGUGAAGCUCAGGGCCAGUCACGUUGAGCAUCUGGAGCAGGAGAACGCUAAGAUGGCUAUGGCGGAAGGCGAGCUACGGAAGAAGUUCGAGGAGGAGCGAAGGGCGAAUGGAGAUCUUCGGGAGGGAAAGCAGCGAGUGGGGAUGGAGAAUGCUAAGCUGACGCAGGAACGAGAUGGACUUCGCCUGGAGGUCAUAGAGUUGCAGGGAGCGAAAGCGGAGGUGCAGAAGUCAGGCCUGGAAAACUCCAGACUUGUUGUGGAGACGGUCGCCAUCCGUGGUCAAUUGGACGCCUCCUUGGCAGAGGUAGCAGGUCUCCGAUCGAGGUGCGGUCGGAUGGAAUCCUUGAAGCUGGAGCACGCGUCGUUGACGGCGGAGAACCAGAGGCUGGCUCGGGAGAUGGGCGACAUGAAAGAAGAGAAAUACAACCUGCGAGGCGAGAGUGAACGUUUGACGAGACGGAUCGACGAGUUGAAGGCGGGACAGGAACGAGCGGACCUGGCGAAAGAGGAGAUGGCAAAGGAGAGGGAUAGUCUUCGGAGGGAGUUAGAGGCCACGACAAAAACAAUGCAGAGGGACUUCAUCGUUCUGAAGGCAGAGACGGAGAAGCUGAUGAGGGAAUCGUCCCAGUUUCGCGCGAGCACGGAGGCAUCACGGAAGAAGAUCGACGACUUGAGGGCAGAGAAGGAGCGAGCGGAUGAAACGAGCGUGAAAGUGGUGGGGGAAAGAGAUCGACUUCGUGCGGAGCUUGAGGGGAUGAGGCAGUCGAACAGCAAUCUCCGGAUUAACGCCGAUCGUACGAAGAAAGAGGUCGCUGAUCUCAACGCUGCGAUAGAGAGAUUGCGGCAGGCGAAUGGGACGCUGACGACGGAGGCUUCGAGGUGUGUGGCAAUGCAGAACGAGAUCGAGGAGCUGAAAGAAGAGCAGAAACGAGAGGUCAUGGAGAAGGCUGCGAUGGAGAUGCUACGCGGGGCACUUCAGGCCCAGUUGGAAACGCUCAGGGGCCAGUACGGAGAACUGAAGACGGAAGCCGAACGCUCGGGGGAGGACAAUAUUGCGUUUGGAACGGAAAUGGAGAAGUUGAGGGAGCGGAACGAGCUGUUGAAAGGGGAAAGUGCAGCGCUGAUGGAGAGUGAACGUCGCAUGAUGCUGGAGAACGAGAGGGUCAAGGCCGAGAUUCAGAAGCUGGAGACGAAACACGAAAAGGUGGUUGGAGCAAGGAAUGACUUACAACGAAAAUUCGGCGAUAUCCAGACGCAGAACGAGGGCCUUCAGGUGCGGUCGAAGGACCUCUUGGAGGAGAUGGGUCGGCUGAGGGCAGAAUGCUCGCGGCGGACACAAGAGGAAGACAGGCUCAAGGCAGAGAACGUACGCGUUGGCCGCGAACGCGAUGACUUUGCUGCUACGAACGAAGAAACGCAGAAGACGAUCGGGACCCUGAAGGUUGAGAACCAACGGCUGGAGCAGGAGAACGAGUCGACCAAGAAAGACUGCCAAAGGCUCUACAGUACAGCACGGGAUUCUCGGGAGGCUUUGACAUCGAUGGAGGCAGAGAGAAAGGAGAUCUUGGAAGAAGUUGUGUUGCUCAGGAAGAGGAAAGCACAGCGGCGGGAGCUGAUGCAGGGUUUAGAAGCAUCGAGCUCGCACCAGAGUUCUGCACCCGGCCUCUCCCAGAGGAGUCCGUUUUCGGUUUCUACUGCUGCACCUGGCACAACGUCGUCUAUGGCGCAACAUCGUAUCCUGUCUACAUGGAAACACAUCCAUCGUGGAGCAGAGAAUGUAUCUCGCGUGGGCUUAGGCACAUCAAUAUCGAAGGACGGGGAUUCAAAGGUUCAAGAGGUUCAGAUGGAACCGAAUCCUAGUCCGAGAAAAAGGCGGAGACUGGAGGGUGGGCCAGAAUUUUCGAUGGAUGGUGCUGACUUUAGAUCGGUGGCCAUAGCCUCAACUCAACCUAAUCAUGAUUCGGAGAGGCAUGAGCACGGCGAUGGGGAUAAGGUCGAGAAUGAGAAUAAGGGCGAAGGCGAUAUCAUGGGCGGAGACGGAGUUGGAGGUAAUGAGGAAGAAUGGAUGCCUACCUCGGGGCAGUUAGCUCCUGUGCACAUGGAGCUCGUGUAUCGGUUUACAACUGAGGAUUUAAUAUGUCGUUUGUGCGAAUACCGUAGAGCCAACAGCGAUUCUGAGCACCCAAUCUACACCGUCUCGAACUUGGUCGCCACCUUUGAAACUCUCAAGGGUCACUGUCAGGACGUACAUGGUCCAAAGCUUUGUGACAGCCUGGCGGGAAUGGAUGAGGAAGGAAUACGAGAGACAAGAAAGAGGGUGGCCAAGGAAGAUGAGGUUCGACGUGCGGCGGAAGCAGCGAGGGAGGUUAUCGUGUUGGACUGACGAUGAAUAUUGCACGCUGUUACAUUUUCGAUCUCAAUGCUCUGCAAAUGCUUUGUUACUGCUUCUCUUCCUAGCUUGUCUCACGCACAUGCUCUCAAAUUUC